GGGACUUUUGUUUAUUCUAUUUAUUUUUUGGGGCCUAUUUGAUGGUUUUUAUUUUGUGUUUAUUAUCAUUAUCAUUGGAUUUUUUUUUAUUUGGUUAUAUUUUUUGUUUGUUCUAUUUCAUUCUUUUUGUUUUUCUGAUGCUCUUUUCUGUUUGUUUUGUUUGGGGUUUUUUCCUGAUCUUUCUAUAUAUAUAUAUAUAUAUAUAUAUAUAUAUUCUCGCUACACCUCGUUUAGCAAUAAUAUACCUCGUGUAGCAACAAGGGGUAGAUCAAGGAGCUGAUUUUAAUCAGAUUAUAUAUCUAUCCAUUUAUUUAUUCUUUGUUCAUGUAUUAUUUAUCAUGGUUAUGUCCCUUAGAUUAGAAAAUACAGUCCAUGUGCAAGAUUUGAUAGGAAGAAAAUACUACUCGUGAUAAUUCCCCCAUGCUUAAUUUCAACACGAAGUUACUGGGUUAAUCAUUAUUGGUACAUUUCUUGUAAAUUUGAGUUUUGGGAUGUUAUUGGGAACAAGUGUGCAAAUAGGCGGAACGAAAGAAAUCACAUGUUUAUCAUGUGAUACAUGGUUUAAGUUAACGAACCAAAAUGGUGGACAACAGACGGAUGUCCUCAAGUCGGGCUCAACUAUUAUCGUGAUUUCCUAAACCUCUCGCAUAAACAUGGAGAGACGUCCUCUUAUAGGUUCCAGUAAUGGCAAAACAUAUAGUUCCGACUCUGAGGAAAGUCUGGAGAGGAAUAUCACGUUAUCUGAAAAAGAAAUCGAUGCAAUCGUAACAACAACAUCGAAUCAGCAUUUUACAAAGAAUCUUGCUUUAGCCAUAGCAGCAUGUGUGUGCGGUUCAUCCUUCAUGCUAGGUUACAACACUGGAGUAGUCAACACCCCAGCAACUGUUAUAAAGGACUUCUACAAUACCAGUUAUCACAAGAGAUAUGGAGAUAAUGAGUCCGCUGAUGGCAACACGACUUCUUCAGGGUAUCUCACUAACACUGAACUGUCCAUCCUCUGGGCUGCCACAGUAUCUAUAUUCCCCUUAGGAGGAAUGAUUGGAGGACUCAGUGCCGGCUACUGGUCUAAUAAGUAUGGAAGGAAAGGAGCUCUUUUGAGGAACAACCUUCUUCAUCUGAUAGCAGCAGCUCUCAUGUUCUCCUUUCACUAUAUAUACUCCUAUGAAAUGAUGAUAGCUGGCCGUUUCCUGGUUGGUAUCUGUGCAGGGAUAAAUUCUGGAGCAACCCCUUUGUAUUUGUCUGAAAUAGCCCCAACAUCACUGAGGGGAUUUGCUGGGGUCUUUAAUCAGCUGGCCAUCACCGCAGGGGUGCUAGUCUCACAGAUAUUAGGGCUAGAUGUUGUCUUGGGAACCAAUGAAUUGUGGCCCUAUGUCUUAGGUGCCACAGUUAUUCCAAUAGUAGUGAUGCUGUGCUUGUUACCAUGGUGUCCAGAAACUCCAAGAUUUCUGAUGCUUGUAACAAAGAAUGAAGAUGAGGCUGAAAAAGCUCUGAUAUGGCUGAGAGCCAGUGAUGAUGUUGGUGAGGAGUUAGAGGAAAUGAGGAGUGAGGCAGAGAAACAAAAAAGAAUGCCAAAGUUUGCUUUCAUGGAUUUAUUCCAUGACAAAUAUCUCAGGGAGCCACUGUUAAUCAGCAUAGUUUUACAAAUGACUCAGCAAUUCAGUGGCAUCAAUGCUGUGAUAUAUUACUCCACAGAAAUUUUCAAAACCGCUGACUUAAGUGCACGUAAUGCUGAAUAUGCUACUUUAGCAACAGGAGGGGUCAAUGUAGCCAUGACUCUCAUCUCUGCCUUCAUUAUGGACAAAGCUGGCAGACGGUCACUUUUAUUGAUAGGUGUUGGGGGAUUAUUUAUCUUCAGUUCCAUUCUAGCCCUCUCACUUAUACUUAUCAAGGAAGAAAACUGGACCUGGAUGUCCUACCUUGCCAUUGUAGCUGUGAUAUGUUACAUCAUCUCAUUUGCCACUGGACCAGGUUCUAUUCCUUGGUUUAUGGUGGCCGAGAUUUUUUCCCAAGGUCCACGAUCAGCUGCAGUUUCUGUAUCCACCAUGGUUAACUGGUUUUCAAACUUCACAGUGGGACUGGUCUUCCCUUUGUUAAAUGAGUUGCUAAUCCAUCAGUAUUCCUUCCUCCCUUUCGUGGUGCUUCUGGUUUUUUUCUGGAUCUUCAUUUACAGAAGAGUUCCAGAGACAAAGGGAAAAACAAUUGAAGAAAUUUCUCUAUUGUUUAGAGGGCCAAAUUUGGAACAUGAGAGAAUUAUUCAAAAGGAUUCCAAUAUUACUAACUACACAAGAUUGCAAAAUGGAGAUUCAGCUGACGAUUCACUUACGACAAGCAAGGGGGUACUGAGGACCUAUUCUAACCCGGAUCCCCACGGGAUUAUAGAAUUGAUAAUCAAUCACGUGGUAGCAGCGCCUAUCGAUAAAUUGAUCACUAACGCCGCAGUAGAGACGACUUCAUUUGACAUCGUUGCAAAUGUCAGCACUAAAACCCUCCGUCUGGAGCUGGACAUAUUGAUAAAUCUUGACGACUAUGUGGAAACACAAAGAGAACUUACUUUAGAAGGCCGUAUAAGGAAGAAAAGGAAGGCGACUAGAAACAAGAGAAAACGCUGGCCAAACAGAGAGGUCCCAUACAUCGUUACAAAUGAUUUCAGUUCUGGGGACAGGGUUCAGAUUAAAGCUGCCGUGAAUGAAUGGAGUAAGUACACGUGUCUAAACAUCAGGGAGGCCACAUACAGGGACGCCAACAAAGUUCGAUUCCAAAACGGAAACGGGUGCUCAUCUUAUAUCGGUAUGGUCAAAGGAGAACAAGAGUUAAAUCUGGGGAAGAACUGUCGAGUGAAAAGAGUUAUAGUGCAUGAACUCGGGCACGCCAUCGGAUUCCAACAUGAGCAGUCUCGACCGGAUAGGGACGCAUUUGUAGAAAUCGUCAAGGAAAACGUACCAUCAGCACUGGCGUAUAACUUUGAUAGGCUCCCGGAAAGCAAGAUUGAACAUUUCAAUGUGGAUUACGAUUAUCGGAGCAUUAUGCACUAUAGCUCAAAGGCUUUUUCUACAAAUGGAAUGAUAACUGUGAGGACGAAGGAUCCACAGUAUCAGAACGUCAUUGGGAACGCUCUUGGUCUCAGCUUCCGGGAUAUCAAACUGGCUAACCGGAUGUACAGCUGUAACGAAAACUGUUCAGCGGUCAAGUGUCCUGGGCAAGGUUUCCAAGCUCAGGACUGUCAGUGUUACUGUCCAUCUGAUGACACGGCAAACCCACUGAGGGUGUGUGACGAAAGCGAUGUCGUCACCGACAAACCAACCGUAACCUCAACACACCGGACCACCCCAGCAACGGAAACGCCCGUGUCAGAAAGCUGUCAAAACGGACACAACUACUGUGAUUUCUGGUCCAAGAGGGGACACUGCGAUUCCUCUCCCGGAUUCAUGAAUCUCUAUUGUAAAAAGGCCUGUGGAAGAUGCACAGCAGAGACUGAUGUUUGUGAGGAUGUGGGGCAACACUGCUCUUUCUGGAAGGAUCAGGGCUACUGUUCCAUGAACACGAUGCCCUACAUGCAGAGGAACUGUCGCAAAACCUGUGAAUUCUGUAAAUCCGAUGAAGGUAACGGCGAGGGGAUUGCAGAACCUUCGAAUUCAGCCAGUGAUAACACGGCAAAAGCUGUCUUUAUUGUAAUGUUGAGUGUAGUGAAGUUAUUCCUUACUGGGAUUUUCUAAUUGCAAAUGAAGAAUUUCAAAGACCUACCAUUGAAGUAUUUAUUCUAAAUUCAUCUACGCGACAGAGUGCUUCAGUUGGAAGUGAUACAACAAAUCAGAUAUGGAAUACGAAGGUCUUCUAUUGCGACAUCUGAAUAAUACUGGCCAUGUUUCGCAAGUUGAUGCUAGUGCACGUGACCGACCAAGUUGCUGAUAUGUUGACACAAUAUGAUACCUCCUAAAACCUCUUAGCAAAUGCGCCUUUGCAGGACGAAAAUAUGAGAAAUUACAUGCAUUCUUGGAGUCUAUCAAUGAUGAUCCCCGGUGAGAUAUUCAUGGCAUACGAAUAGACAAAUUGUACAUUCUGUUUUAAUGGAUGGUGCAGCUCAUCAGCGCGAAGCUACAUAUACUUUCAAUCCCGCCCAAGGUAGCAUACUGUGAUAUCACACAUUGAUUGUUUGAAUUUAUUUUCCUAUCACUAAAAUAAAUUACAGAAUUUACUCUCGGGUUGUUUACUGU